CCUACCACAAAGGGGGCAGUUGUACACCCCCAGCUCUGUACAAUGUGUUUAUAAAGCCAAUCGCUGGGUCAUUAUAUCAUCAUACCGACCCCUACACAAACCAGGUAAAUUCCGGAGAGGAAGCAACACUCAAAACCUCCAACUAACUCGAUAACAAACCGGAUAAAAACCUCGAAUUACUUCUUUCCCACCCGAUUUCGUAUAACACCGAUGGUGUAUUACUUUAUCUGCUCACGCCUACAGAUAUUCUGUCGCAGCCAUCACACGUCAACCACUGACUUUUAUUAAAGUCGCCAUUAAACCGCUGCCUUACACGUGCCUGUAGCAUGUAGGAUUAGCACAACAUAAUGGAAGAAGAACACAUGUUUGAUUAGGAGUGUUAUUGCGCAACUUUAUGGUUUAAGCUCCUACCAAACCUUAGAUAUUUAGCUAGCAAUUGCUUAUACAGUUCAUUCGUGUUGGAUGAUACGUUGAUGCGUUGAUAACUGUUUCGAUAUUCAUCUGUCGUGACCUUGUGGAGUUUGGAAUAUACUCUUUGGAGGUAGAUCGGGGAUCCUCACGUCGGAGAGGUUGCCUUGGAAACAAGAUGCGGGGAUUCACAAGAGGUGUCCCGUGCUGGUGUCUGAUGAUGAUGGUAUGUCUCUACGCGGCUAGGACAUGUUCUGCAGGAGGGAUAGGAUGGAGGGCUGCCGCAGACACGCCAAUGAGGCAUGACUCGUCCGUGGAGAAUUUCCUGAGUCGUUUCCGCAGACAAACUUCUCCCGUACGUCCUAAAGUGACGAUGUUCCAUGUGGAGACCAGGAUCGCUGUUCGGUUUGCUAGCACCACAGUUAGGACCAACAUAAGGAAUGUGGCAACAACAGCCCAAGUCAUGUCAUUCGAUCUGCUCCUCCCGUUCAAAGCAUAUAUCUCAGACUUUGAUAUUGUUGUUGACGGCGUUACAUACACCGGCCAAGCUGUGGAUAGGUGCAUCCUCGAGGAGAAUUUGAGAUCAUCCGGAGUCGCCAUAGCAACUAUCGAUAAAUACCAAUAUACCGCUGGGGGCCAGUAUACACGGAAUGUCUUCACGGUGAAAGUGACUGUCCCUAAGAAGAAGUCUGUCAAGAUGACCGUCGUCUAUCAGGAGCUUCUUGAAAGACAGUCUGGUUGGUACACACAAAGGAUUAGCCUGAGACCUACUCAGAAUGUUCGGAAUAUGAGAAUCUUUGCCUCAGUGACGGAACCACAAGGUAUCAUUCAAUCAGAGGCUGGUAUCGAUACAAGAACUCAUGCGGCUUCACUGACGUCACUGGCGGUCGAUAGUAUCAGCUCUGCAUCUGCUUCGACCGUAAGAAGUUCAAGCGGAAGGGUGUACAAUUUGAUGAACUACACCCAGACAAAUGCAUUGGGUUCCGCGUCGUCAUCGUCUUCAUCAAGCUCCUCGUCAUCUAGUUCCUCGUCAUCGGGAUCCUCGUCAGGAUCGUCAUCGGGAUCAUCAUCAAUUCACCGUGGGCUUAUGAUGACCUACGAGCCUACUGAAGGUGAACAGAACCAGACCAGGAAUUAUUACAACAAGGAAGGUAUCUAUGGCGACUUUAUCAUCCGGUACCAGGUAGCACCGCGAGGAGGCGUCGGAUGGGUGCAGUCGGAUGGAUCAAACUUCAUCCAUAGUUUCGCACCCCGUUCGUUGGCGCCAGUGAACAAGAGGGUGGUGUUCGUUCUGGACUUCAGCGCCUCCAUGUACCCGAGAAAACUCCGACAGACCAAGGCGGCUAUGGACGCCAUCUUGGAUCAGAUGAGCGAGAACGACCAGUUCAACAUCAUGCCUUUCUCCGAUGAUAUCUACUGGUGGAAGGAGAAUGCAAUGAUCCCCGCUUCUCCGGAUUCGAUCACCGAAGCGAAGAAUUAUAUCAAACGUUUUAAUUACAAAAGAGGGACAAAUCUUAAUGAUGCCAUGCUGGAGGGAUUUGGCCUCCUGGAGGCAACAGGAUCAAUGGACUCGAGCAGUGAGAACCCCAUGGUGUGCAUCCUCUUCUUGCUCACCGAUGGCAAACCUUCAACGGGUACCACCGACAUCAACGUCAUCGAACGCAACGUUCGGGCAGCCAACAGGAAAAGGUGCUCCCUGGUCACACUCGGCUUCGGCAAGCUGGUCGAUUUUAAUUUCUUGGGUCGACUGGCAUUGCAGAAUCGAGGGAUCGCUCGAAAGAUUUAUGAGACUUCGUCAGCUACAGUUCAACUGCAAGGUGUGUACAACGAGGUCGCCACCCCACUCCUCUUCGACAUCGUAGUCGAAUACCUCAACAAUGCCGUGAUCGGAACGUCCUUGUCAGCAACCAACUUCUCCAACUAUUACAACGGCUCUGAGCUGGUCAUCUCCGGUCUCUUCACCAACGAAGACCUACAAACACUGCCCAUUAGGAUCACGGCUGUCGGUUCCGAUGGUCCUGUCAUUAUUGAGGAAGACGUCAAUUUAAGGGACCGCCAAUUGCUCCGCGGUGACAAUAUUCCCGUGGACUUUGCGGAACGCACGUACGCAUUUCUCAUAUUGCGCGAGCUUUUCGACAAGUUCACGUUGGCGAAUGACGCCCAAGAGCGGGGAGAUAUCAUAGCCAAGACACAGGAGAUAUCACAGCGGUAUAACCUGCAAACUCCGAUCAUGUCCAUGGUACUCACCCGCUCAAAGGCUCCCGCUAGCACUGCAAGGGGCGAUGGCACCAUCAUUCUCAGCGGCGGGAACACGAUCACAGAGAGUCAUCCGGAGGGGUUUAUGUGGGACAUCUUAGGACCGUCCUACGGCAACAUUGGUCAGGCAAAUAGCGCUUUUGGAAUAGGUGGAGCAGCAUGUCCUGUGGUGACAACAACGUCGAUGCCAACAACUCCUUCUCCUACCACAACCACACCACCUCCAACAACCACGACACCACCGACAACUACAACACCACCGACGACUACGCCGAUACCUACCACCACAACCCAACCGACGACCACUCCAGUCCCCACUACAACUACUAUGCCGACUACCACUACGCCUAUGCCAACUACCACAACGCCUAUGCCAACUACCACAACGCCUAUGCCAACUACCACAACGCCUAUGCCAACUACAACAACACCUAUACCAACUACCACAACGCCAAUUCCAACUACCACAACACCUGUCCCCACUACCACCACACAACCUACAACUACACCUAUGCCUACCACUACUACACCUAUGCCUACCACUACCACACCCAUGCCUACAACUACCACACCCAUACCUACUACUACUACACCCAUACCUACUACUACUACACCUUUGCCAACUACUACGGAAGCACCUACCACAACAACAAUGCCAACCACAACAACUGUUCAAACUACUACACCAAGCGAGACAACGACCCCUAGGCAACGUAGACCGAAAGGACCUGUAUCGCUGACUCGAUACUACGUCGAAUCAGAUACGACUGAACGCUACGCCCGUACCUCGGUGACGGCUUCGUACAUCCACGAUGACCCCGAACAUCAGGCCGUCGAGUUCAGUCAGCAGUUACCCAGUAACGCUUUCAUAUCAAACUUUUACGUGGAUGUGGGUGGUCGUAGAUACCGAGGUGUCGUGCAGAACAUCCAGGAGGAUGAAUGGCAAGAAGUGUUUGCCAGCAACGGUGAUAGAGGUCAGGUCAUCGCACUGCUGGCGCGGCGAGAUCCUGCCAAAGAUGCGUUUGUCAUGUCUGUCCCUGAUGUACCACGUGACACUCCCGUCAUCUUUGUCCUCAUCUACGACCAACUCGUGAAUAAGGUCAGAGGUCAAUAUCAGCAACGAAUCAAUGUUAAUCCUCGGCAGGUCGUUGACAAUCUGGGUGUCGACGUCCAAGUGACGGAGCCGCAGAGGAUCAAGGACAUCUCCGUCGCCUUCCAAGGCAAACCAGUUCCGUCAUUAAGCGAUGUCGAUCUGUCGAGGGAUUUAGUCCGAGAAAGCAACUCCCGUUAUAAGUUCCGAUAUAUGCCGACGCCGGACGAGCAAAGUGACUUCUCGGAAAAAGGCAUUGACGGGGACGUCGUUCUGACGUACAACUUGAUGGACGCACCAACGGGCAGUCAUACACAGGUGCAAAAUGAUUACUUUGUCCACUUUUUCUCACCGAUCGGACUGGACGUCAUCAGCAAACAGAUCGUCUUCGUCAUCGACGUCAGCGCUUCGAUGUACGGCACCAAGCUGAGUCAGACCAAAGAAGCCCUGAAGACCAUGUUAGACAACCUCAAUCCGACUGACUACUUCAAUAUAAUUACCUUCUCUGAUGGUGUCCAGUAUUGGCGCGAGAACAACCGUCUUGCUCCGGCUCAGAGGCGGUAUAUGGAUGACGCCAUGGCAUACGUCGACAGUCUACGGGACGAUUCAGAAACCAAUCUUAAUGAGGCCAUUGUGAAGGCAGGUGAGCUACUGGACAGUGAAGCGCGUUACAAUCGUCCUGGUGAUAGCGUCUAUAGCAUGAUGAUUCUCCUGACCGAUGGAAGACCUUCUGUUGGAACCACAGAUCAGCAGGAGAUCCUGGACAACGCACGCGAGGUCAUCGCCGGCAAGCAUUCCCUCAACAUCCUCGGUUUCGGCCGCCUGGUCGAUUUCGAUCUCCUGGUCAAGCUGGCGUACGAAAACAACGGCACCGCGAAGAUGAUUUACGAAGGCACCACUGCUGCGGAACAACUCCGUGAGUUCUACUUCGAGCUCUACCGUCCUCUCCUCUUUGACGUCACAAUGGACUACCCUGGUGGAGUAGCAGACGGGCGUACAGUGACGAAACGCUCGUUUCCUGUCUAUUAUGACGGCUCCGAAAUGGUCGUGGCGGGAAAACUGAGUGAAGAUCCACCAUCGGAGAUUUUGAGAGGAACGAUCGAUCUCACGUCAGACCAAGGACCGACCAAACAGUAUCUCUCCAUAGAUACAACGCAAACUUCGCCUGAGCUCAGUCAAUCCCGAGCAGUUCCAGACGUCGUCCGCCGAAUAUGGGCCAUGAAGACCCUACAGAACCUGAUCAAGGACUUCGGAAGGAGUACCGACCCCAAUGAAAGAUACACCAUAGCUGAACGUAUCAUCACCCUCUCCAAAGAAGAGAACUUUGUGACCCCUCUGACACCAAUGACCAUCGUAGAUUCAGGAACAGGCGAUUCUAUAGAUGGGACCGAAGGCUGGCUGCCAUUGCCGGCUUACAGCAGGGCAAAUACAGAGCGAAAUUUGCUCGAGGAAGCAAUCGGAAAGGAUGCUACCGAUGUGGCCCCGAAGAUUCACGAUGCUCCUUUGGCAGUAGAGAGUGACGACGGCAUCAUCAUUGGACGUUUCGAUGUCGAUUCCGUCAUCGUUCUCCGGUACGCGACCACCACAAUCGAGAGCGAGAUGUUUAACGAAGCCUCAACACCAGGACAAGCCGUCUUCAAACAGAGGGUACCGUCUAAUGCUUUCAUCACCGGGCUUGCGCUGCGUCUCAAUGGUCGGACGUACACCAGUGACGUAACUGAUCCACAGGACACCGCCGGCCUCGGUUUAGGAAUCUUAGAGAUUGGACCGAGUGGAGGAAUACUUUCACCUCUCGACCUAGAAAACAACCUUUUGGUGGUAUCAGUGCCAGUUGAUCCCAGCAAUUCCGUUACAUUUACUCUAACCUAUGAAGAGAUGCUAGACAAACGACUGGGCGCCAUCGAGCAAAAGAUCGGAGUCUUCCCCGGAGAGGUCGUCGACUCUAUGACGCUCCGUACAACGAUCAUCGAACCUCGAGGAUUCGACCACAGCAAAGCCUUCUUCCUCGAUCAGUCCAACCCGACGAUGCCAAUAUCCCUGGACAACUUCGUCAGACAACCCAAGGAUGAAAGGUGGGAGAUGAUUUACGCGCCAGGACCACGUGAGCAGACUGCAGCCAAUCCAAACGGUUUCAUGGGCGACUACACCGUCCAGUAUGAUACCAACAACCCAGAAGAUGGUAGCGAUAUUCAGAUAUUAGACAACCACUUCGUCCAGUUCUUCUCGCCAUCCGGCCUCCCUGUUCUUCGGAAGAACGUCAUCUUCAUCAUCGACGUCAGUGGUUCGAUGGCAGGAGUUAAGCUGCGCCAGGUGAAGGACGCCCUCACCACGAUCCUCAAUGACAUGCCUGAGACUGACAAGUUCAACAUCAUUCCCUUCUCGGAUGACGUUAAUUUCUUGGACAGGAACAAAAUGCUUUUCUCGACGAGCUCAAAUGUCAGAAGGGCCAAGCGCUUUGUCAAAUCAUUGCAAGAAAGAGACAACACCAAUCUACACAAGGCGAUUAUCGCCGGGGUCAGGAUGCUCCGAGACGAGAGCGACCAGAAUGUCCGACCGGAUGAAAACGUCGUGUCCAUGCUCAUCGUCCUAUCCGAUGGAAACCCAAACCACGGCGAGAUCGACAAGGAAAUCAUUGAGCGGAACGUGGAGGAGGCCAUUCGCGGGGAUUUCUCGCUCUUCAAUCUGGGAUUCGGCGAGGAUCUCGAUUUCCCGUUCCUGGAACGCAUGGCAUACCAGAAUCACGGCGUAGCCAGGCAGAUACCCGAACGCGCUGAUGCAGGAAAGCUCCUAGAGAACUUCUACUUCGAGGUGGCAACGCCGCUUCUGCGUGACGUAGAGUUCCAGUACUCACGAGGAAUAGAAUACAACUCUCUGAGUGAUAGGACAUUCUCCAACUACUUCAAUGGCUCCGAGCUGGUGAUUGUAGGAAAACUGUUGGACAAUUACCGAUACAGUACACUGACUUCAUACACGUAUGCGAGAACAUCGUCUGAUGACAUCACCUACAGGAGUCGAGGAAAUACGCGGGUGCCUGACAGAGCCUUGCUCGAUGAAGAUGUUCCGGUAGGCCUCAUUGAGAGGAUUUGGGCUAAUCACAUCAUCCAGUCUCUUCAACAGAGACAGAAACUGAAUGAAAUAAGACCAGAAUUCACCACGACAGAUGAUGGUGAAAUAAGAGAUAUGUCCAUUCAGUAUAGGUUCUUUAAUCCAUACACGGCGUUAUUAGUGAGAGGGCAGGCGGUCUCUACCAACGAUGCCUAUCCAUUUGCGAUGAGGAUCAUCGCUUCACCUCUCCCCCGACCGGUCCGCGAGGCCCUCAAUCAGGCGUUCGUAGUGGAAACACCAUCGGGCACGUCGAGCCCAGAUACGGAAGGCCCGUUGUUGAAUACCAUCCACAUACCAGAGCUGGCUCUUAAGGUAUGCCUCGAGGAAGACCCUUGGAGGAACGAUGAACUCACUCUCUUGGAAGACACUGUUAAUGGUGUCUUUGUCGUUGGAAGAAUUGGCGGCGACGAGGUCGAUUUCGACGGUAUCAUCUCCGACCGGACCUUCAUGGAGGACAUCGUAGUGACGUUGGGCUCGCGAUCGAACGCCGAGCACGAACUCCGCUUCACGUCCCGAGGGGUGAACGUGGAUACCAACCCCCAGAUUAGAUGGUCGGGGGAUCUGGCGUCCUCCAUCGAGUUCGGCAUCCACCGAGUUGAAGUGAGCGGGAAGUUGGCCGUGGUGACCCUGAAUAGAGGGACUUCCUUCGAGAUCACCGGAAGCAGACUAGAUGCCAACCUGGAAGGGAAUCGACCUCUCGGGCUAUCGUUCGACUUGUUGAACCCAGUAGGUUUAUCUCCGGAAGUCAACGGCGUCAUAGGUCAAUAUCAAAACGCUCGUGUAAUCAUUGAGGAACCUACGAUUGGCCAACAGCAGGGAACGUCUACCACUUGUGAUGUACAGGGUAUUAUGAGUCAGGCGGUCAGAGUCAGGCUGGUUUGGCGCCAUAAUUAUACCCCAGAAUCGGACGAAAUUUGUGGACCCUGAACAUUAUUUUGUUUUUUAAAGAAUUAAAAUAAUUUAUCAUUGGUAGAUUUAACAUGUACAUAUUAUUUUAUAAAUACAUGUUUAUGGAUCGACUUUUGAACUUGCGAAUUACACAUAUGCCUAAAUAACCACCUCGUACAUAAAGAUGCCAUCGUUUUAUGCAAGGUUUUUGUUACCUCAAUAAUUCCUUCUACAACCUACCUAACAUGUCAUGUUGAAACAGUUUGAUGUCUUAAUGGAGGUUUCAAGAUAUCGGUGUGGCCAGUAUUAAUAGUCAUGAAUGAAGAACUGUAACUACAAAAGAGUUGUAUUGCUUAUGUGUAUGAAAGAUUUUUUUUAAAUUUUUGUAUAGCGACAUGCGUAUAAUUUGAUUUUCUCCGUAUACAUGUGUGUGGGUCAUGAUGUAAUAUUUGAAUUCAAAUACUGAGUUUUUGAAGACGAUGCUUAUUAAUUAUUCUACCUUUUAAAACAUAUUUUACAAAUACGUGUGAUGCUUUCCAUACUUACCAAAGCAUGGCAGAGACAAUUUAUUUUCUGCCAAAGGUAUAGGUAUUAAAAUAUUAUCAUAAUUAUAAAAGAGUAGCUUAUUGUCCUCAUUUUCUUUAAUGUUUCUUAUUUCUUUCUCUCAAUGCAAAUCUCGGUCUUUAUUCUGUCGCCCAUCACUAAUUUGUCUCUCCCUCUCUUUCAUUCCCUCAUUCUCUCAUCCUUAUUCUCCAUGUUCUCUCUCUCUCUGUCUCUCUCUCUAUAUAUAUAUAUAUAUAUAUCUAUCUCUUUCUGUAUCUUUUCUUCCUCAAUCGUUUUCUCUCACUUUCUUUCCAUAUUUCUUCUGUAACUGCUUUCUCUCUCAUAUUCUCUCCCUUGUACAGUUUCAUUUAACACAUCAAAAACAUCUUGAUUACAAAUAAAAGCUAAACAAUAUCCAACUUGUUCGUUUUACAAACAUUGUAUUUUUCACAAAUAAAAUCAAUAAAGAAAUAAAGCAUUAAAAUAUCGCAA